ACCAGAAGGAGUGCGUCUGACGUGUGAACGUUAUGACGUUUGAAGUAUUUUGCUAACAAAUGUGGAGGUGUGCAGUUCAUUUAUACAUCGGAUUUCUUCGUGAGCGCUGAAGGAUUAUCAUGAGGCGUGUAAUCAGCCUGCUGUUGUUAUGGACCUGGGCCUGUGGGAGCCAAACGGAGGAAGACGCCAUAUGCAGUGAAGGUGUAGGGUACACACACAAUGGCAUCUGCUGCCUCAACUGUCCAGCUGGUACUUUUGUUAAAGAGGCAUGUACCAAAGUGUUUGAGAGAAGUGUGUGUCAUCAGUGUGAAUUUGACACCUACACUGAGCAUGAUAACGGCAUUUCCAGUUGUUUGAAGUGCACCAAGUGUCGCCCAGAUCAGGAGCUUGUGGUGCCAUGCAAUAGCACGAGAAACACUCACUGUCAGUGUAAAGCAGGAUCCUUCUGUCUGCCGGAUCAAGCCUGUGAGGUCUGCAAGACAUGCAGGAAAUGUAAAGAAGAUGAGGAGAUUGUGAAGAGCUGCACAGCCCAAUCAAACACUGAAUGCCAAAAAAGAAGCUUCAACUCCGAUAGCAGAUCAACAGUGGCAGUCGUCUCAGUCGUGGCUUUUGUCAUGAUAAUUGUGAUCAUCGGGUGUUUCCUGUACUGGAGAACAUCAGCUAAAUUGACAUCGAGAUGGCCGAGAGGAAUGUGGAAAUUGUGCAUAGAAAGUGGCAGUGAUUUGGUGGAGGGAAAGCAGAUAGGAAACAAUGGCACACUGGAGGAUGGAGCACAGAGCCAGCCCUUCAUCACUUUGUGUCAGAUGGUGGGUGAAGACAAGGUGGAGGACGAUGAGGAUAAAGGGCUCGGCCCAAGCCUCUCCACCACCACGGCUUCAUCCCAGGCCAGCUUGACUGUGUGUCCACUGACAAGCGAGCACUGCCUCGGCCACUUAACGCUUCAGCAGUUUAACACUCUGGAAAACACACAACUACGCAGACUCAUUCCUGUAAACGGAGAUGACUCUCUGAGGAAAAGCUUCGACUUGUUUGGAGAGAUAGAUGUUAACUUCCACAACCGUUUCUUCAGACUUAUCGGCCUGAAUGACAAUGCCAUAAGGACUGCUGAGAUGUCUUGGUCUUUACCUGAGGACAGGGUAUACGAGCUGCUGAAGAUCUGGAUGGAGAAAGAAGGCAUGAAGGCAGAUUUUAACAGGCUCAUUAAAGACCUGCUAAGUCUGAACCAGAGACUAUCUGCAGAAAAUAUCACUGCAAAAGCCAUUGAAUGUGGCUACUUCAGAUAUGAAGACGAGUGAGAACGAGCACAAGGUCUACUGCAGUGCUUUAUUAUUUAUGGAUUCUUAUAAUAUAAAUAGAAUAAAUUAUAUGUAUUUGAUGGAAAAUUAGACAUUUGAGUGUUAUUUAUUUUUUUGUACUAUAUAUAAAGAUCUUUGUAUGUGUAUAUAAUGAAUGUAUUUGUAAACAAAAAAAUGUAAUAAUGUGAAGUGCUGAUUUUCCUUUUUCUACAUUUGCUAUUAAAAUUAACAUUAAUAUUAAA